CUUAUAGUGCGAAAGUCUAUGAGCGCAAAACAAAAACAUCAAAUCAGUCAUCGAAAUUUUUGUGACUUUCCAGAAUACAAACAUUUAUGUUUGUAAAGCUGAAGGUAGAAUCGUAAGGAAAUUAUGACAGAUAUAACCAACGUGUUCAAGGCAACGAUAAAAGCUCUCAAAUCACGUCAUAAAGCUGAAGGUUUAACACAUAACAACAAUGUGGACAAUGGUAAACAUCCGUUGCUCGCCCCUCGGAAGGAAAAAAGUGAUUUUGCGAACAGAUGCCAAACUGUUUGUACCAACAUAACAAAACUCAGAGGUUUUCUUUUGCAACACCGGAAGAACUAUAUCAAUGCUGGUGGGUAUUUGAUGAGUGGUGCUCAGAUGGAAGAUACUGAGCGAAACCAGAUUGAUCAAGAUUGUGAAAAAGUCAUUAAGACAUGCCAAGACACCAUCAAACAUUUCAAACAAGAAGCUAGUGCCCAGAAGGUAUCUCCUCAAGUUCGACAACACUGGGAUGGAGUCAUUUCACUUUUGGAAGCUUAUCUAAAAUCUGUUUGCAAAAUGUACAGUGAACAAAGAGCCGUUCGAGUGAAGCGGGUUGUCGACAAGAAACGCAUCUCGAGAUUGGAACCAGAACAAAGACUGCGUGACAGUUUCAAGAAGUUGUCUUCUAGUGACAAACCUGUGGCUUCUGAGGAAAAAGCUGAAAAUGAAACUGGCAAAAUUCCUGCAAAGGAUCAAACAAAUAUCAAAACUUCUUGGCAACCAUCAGAUGAAGAAGUUGAUGAGGAAGAUGUGAUAUCACCUGAAGAAGCAGAAAAAUUUGAAGAAGAAAACCAAGCAUUGAUGGAUGAAAUGCAUAGUUUGAUGUCUGAAGUUAAACAAAUCGAAGGGAAAGUCCUGGAAGUGUCUCAACUACAAGAAAUAUUUGCAGAGAAUGUUUGGGAUCAGGAAAAGAAGAUUGACCAAAUAUAUAACACUGUAAGUGGUACAUCAGAAAAUGUUACAUCUGGAAAUGAACAGAUUCGAGAGGCCAUGAAAAAUAAUGCUGGCUUCCGAGUAUGGAUAUUAUUCUUCCUUGUGGUCUGCACCUUUGCAUUACUGUUUUUAGACUGGUACAACGACUGAGGUGUGCCGCAUACAGCAACAACAAGGACACCGUCACCUUUCUGCCUUACUGUGAUAACAACCUACGCUACCACCAGCACCACAACUAUCUUCAUCUACAUCACCAUAUACACUCCCUUUUCUUCAACAUUUUUUCAGAUGAACAGCUUCUUGCUCGAUUUGAUAUAAUAAUAAAGAGGAUGAUGAUGAUGAUGAUGGUCAUGAAGGUGGUGAUGAUAAUAAUGACGAAGAUGAUGAUUGUGGUGCUGGUGAUGAUGAUGAUGAUGCAAUAUAUUUCUGACAAAACAUCUUUCGUUAACGACUUCUGCUGCUCUCUACUUCGUUAUGCUAUGUUCUCUUUCUCUGUCACUUUCUUGUUCUAAUCCUUCUUUUUGUAUCACCUCUCCCCAACGAAUGUACUCUGCUCUAUCUCAUUAUUUUUCUUUUCUGUUCUCUACUUAUGCUUUCAUCUCUCUCUCUCUCUCAUGUGCCUUUUCUUUCAAAGGUCAAUUAUUAACCUCACAAUCAUUGUAUAAGACAUUGUGCUUGGAUACUCUUAGUUGAUUGAAGUUUUCCAACUUGCUAUAUUACACACAUGAUACACUUCUGUACAGUGUUGUGGGGUAGUAUUCAGUACUAUAGACCAAAUGGUCACAAAUCCAAACCUUACCACUGUAGCCUUUGCACUACUACUUCCCCCAUGAAAAGGGGGGCUUAACUCUGCUUGCCUCAGUUAGCCUGACUGACAAAACAGGUUUUGUUCUUAUUUCACAGAUGACUUGGUAAAUAGUUGCAAUAGCAUCCAGCUGUGAAAACUAUGAAAUCAAAAUAAUUAAUAAAAUUAAACAUCUCCUGUCUUAAGAUGAAUAUGAAAAAAGAACAUGUUAAACAGCACAAAAUAAAAACUGUCUCUCUAAAUAAAUCAAAAUGUUUUUUUUUUCUCCUGUAGAAAAAAAGAACCUUUUGAAUCUUACCCAAAAC